AUGUGUUGGCCGUCAAACGGCUUGAAAGCUGGCCGUAUGAUUGCAUGUGCAAGUGAAUCGAGUUCGGCCACUACACUUCAACAUUCAGAAGCAAUUAGAAGUAAUGGUAAAAAGCGAGCUGAAAAAAUGAAUCAUCAAAAAGAUGUGGUUGAAUAUGAACAGACAACAAAAAUGCGAAUUGACCAUUUUCUAGCAAAAUAUUUUGGUAUAGAAGAAGCUCCACAUCAGAAGUCGUACUUCUCGACUGUUCGAAAAAAUCCCCGCCGGAGCAUCAUGCUUUUAAAGAAAUUAUUUGGCCAUGAUGAAACGUAUGAUAAAAGUACUGACGAAGCACGGUUACAUGCACUCGGUUAUAAACAAGAAUUGAAACGUAGCUUAUCUACAGUUACGAAUUAUGGUGUCUCCUUGUCGAUUAUUAGUAUUAGUUCGGGCAUUACGUCACUAUUUGGAUAUGGAAUGAUUACAGGUGGACCCGUUGUGAUGGUGUGGGGCUGGUUGAUCGUCUCAAUAUUCACACUAAUAGUGGGAGCAGCUAUGGCAGAAAUAUGUUCUGCUAAUCCGACGAGUGGUGGUUUAUAUUUUUGGACAGCGAUACUUGUACCAGAGAGUUAUAAACCAUUUGCCAGUUGGAUUACAGGAUGGUUCAAUUUAAUUGGUCAAUUUGCUGUCACUGCAGCUAUCGACUUUGGCUUAUCUCUCUUGAUUGGUUCCGUCAUUUCUGUUGGGUCAAAUAAUAAAAUAUUACCGAAACCGAGGCUUAUUAUCUUGAUUCAUUUGAUUGUUAUACUCAGUCAUGGUGUAUCGAAUUCAUUAGGACCCCGUUCUUUACGGUAUAUCACAUAUAUCUCGACAUGGUGGCAGGUAUUUGCACCGCUUAUUGUCACUCUAGCGUUGUUUAUUGGACCAAAAUAUCGACAACCAGGCACAUUCAUCUUUACACAUUUCGUAAAUCAAACUGGUUGGUCAAAUACGUACGCCAUACUCAUCGGCUUAUUGCAAGCUCAGUAUACGAUUUCUGGUUUCGAUGCAUCAGCUCAUAUGACCGAAGAGACGAAACGGGCUGAUACAGCUGGAUCACAUGGAAUGCUACUUGCUAUUGCUGUUAGUGGUGUUACUGGCUGGCUGUUUCUGAUUGCCCUUUGUAUGGGCAUCAAAGAUUAUGGUGCUACGGUAAAUACGAUCACCGAAUUUCCCGUAACGCAAAUUCUAUUAGAUAAUUUUGGUACACCAUUGGGACUGUUUUUUAUUGUCAUUCUACUGGUAGCAUGUUGGUUUUGUGGGCUGUCAUCUGUGACGGCCAACUCUCGAAUGAUCUAUGCAUUUAGUCGAGAUCAUGCUAUGCCGGGAUCAAGAUACUGGCAUCGCAUCAAUCGGCGAGUAAUGUGUCCAUUGAAUGCCGUAUGGUUAUCCUGUUUUAUAGCAUUCAUUAUCGCCUUACCGUAUUUACGUAAUACAACAGCAUACAGUGCGGUAACAAGUUUGAGCACAAUUUGCCUCUAUAUAUCGUAUGUAGUGCCCAUAUUCUGGAAAUUAUUAUUCCCAAAAUAUUUUCAUCCAGGACCGUUCAAUUUGGGUAAAUGGUCAACUCUCAUCGAUAUUAUUGCCGUUAUUUGGGUUGCAUUUAUCGUCGUUUUAUUCGUUCUACCACCUUUAUAUCCAGUGACAAGUACGAACAUGAACUAUGCAUGCGUUGGAGUUGGAGCAGUUAUUUUAGGUAGUGGACUGGGCUAUUUACUUGAUGCUCGGAAAUGGUUUCAAGGACCAAUGACUAAUAUAGCUGAUGACGCUACAAUAAAAACGGAGUAUUCUGUACCCAUAUCUGCAGACCAAAUUCUGCCAGUGUCAGAUUUUGGAGCGGAGGUUAUAACAAAGUUUUGA